AACAAGAGCGCAGCGCGCCACCUCUCUUGUUCUCUUCAUUCGCCUCCCACAACGCUGUCUACUCUAUCGUUCUUCAGGAUUAUGGCGUCGUCAAAUAUUAGAGAUAUUUUAACUUCAUUCAGUCCUUCUUUGGACUAUUUUGCCAUAUGUGCUGGAGAUGCUCGAAUCAAGAUAUGGGAUACUUUGAAGGGCCAGGUCCAAACUGAAUUUGCAGACAUCGCAUCAACUGAAAUGUCUAGUUUGUACGCUAAUAAACCGGAAAGAGGACAUCUUUCCGUUGAUUAUACAUGUAUGAAGUGGCUGGCUUUGGACAGAAAGAAAAAAAGAAAGCUUGGGAGUUCCUUGUUAGUGUUAGGAACUGGUAGUGGGAGUGUUUUAGCUCUUGAUGUGGCUGCUGGUCAGUUAAAAUGGAGAAUAAGCGACUGUCAUCCUGGGGGUGUUAGUGCUGUUUCCUUUGCUGCCCAUGGUUCAUGCAUUUACAGUGCGGGUGCUGAUGGAAUGAUUUGUGAGAUUGAUUCACUGACAGGAAAUCUGUUAGAGAAGUUCAGGGCUUCCACAAAGGGAAUAUCUUGUAUGGCUGUUUCUCCUGAUGGCAAGAUGUUAGCUACUGCUGCUGGACAAUUGAAGACUUUUAACUGUUCUGACCACAAAAAGACACAGAAGUUUUCUGGCCAUCCUGGAGCAGUUCGCUUUAUGAUGUUUACUGAAGAUGGGAAAUAUAUCCUCUCAUCUGCUGUUGGAGAAAGAUAUAUUGCACUCUGGAGAACUGAUGGUGGAAAAAAACAGUCAGCUAGCUGUGUUCUUUCGAUGGAACACCCAGCUGUUUUCAUUGAUGGCAAGUGCAUUGAUAGUGGGGAAGUUGAUGAUGCAGGUCUAUAUGUUUUGGCUAUCUCAGAAACUGGUGUUUGCUAUUUUUGGUAUGGUCAUAAUAUUGAUGAGUUACGCAAUACCAAGGCCACAAAAAUUUCAAUUUCCUCUGAAGAUAUUCUCUCUCAAAAUCAGAAAGGUGCAUUUCCUGCAAUUUUUGCUGCAAAAUUACAAGGCAUUGCCAAGCCAGCUUCUGCACAUGCAUUUGUUGCACAUGGCUUGCUAGUGAAGCCAUCAUUUCAGAAGAUUGUAGUGCAUUCUGGGACAGAUUUAAGUUUGCAUGGUUCUCAGGAUGGUGUUCUCCUGCCAAUGAGCCAGUCUGUCAUCAAAUCUAAGAAGGGGCUAGAUGUACGGAAUAGAGUCACAGCAUUGGACCGUGCGUACGCGGAGGACGCUGUACUUCCACUUCCAAAGAUUUUAGAUGUUCAUGAAAAGAAGAAUAGACAUCAAACUUUGAUUACUGACCCAGGUGAGGUAAUGGCUGAUUCACUUGACAGCAAAAGUCAACCAAAGUUUGUGGAGAGCAAAGGUGACACUGUAGAAAUGGAAACAGAGUCUGAAAUUAUUUGCAUGGAGGACAGACUGAGAUCCUUAGGAAUACUCAGUGGCAAAGAUGAUCCUAGAUUGAACUUAGCACUUAAAUCAACACUGUUUAAUGGUAUUGACCUUGAAUCUAAUAUACCUGAAAAGAAGAUGAGAGUUGCUGUUUUGUCAAUGUCACCUAGCAAUGCAUGCGAAUUACUGGAAGUCUUGGUUAACAUGUGGCAAUCUAGGUCAGAUAGGGGAAAACAUAUUCUUCAAUGGAUAUACAGUAUAUUGGUGAAUCAUAGUCAUCAUGUCUUGUCUCAGAAAUCAUUAAACCCGAUGAUUAAUUCCUUAUACAAGAUUACCAAAUCCAGAGAGGCGUCAUUUCAACCUUUGCUUCAAUUAUCAGGACGUUUGCAACUUAUAAUGGCACAGAUUGACAAAGCAACUGGAGACAAAAGUCAAAUCCUGGCACAUGAUGACCGAAUAGAUGAAAGUGAAGAUGAGGAUGAAGAUGUGGAAGAACUUCUUUAUGGGGAACUAGAUAAUGAAUCCCAAAUAAGUAGAAGUAGUGAUGAAGAUGACUAAACUGCAUGUUACUACAAGGGUUCAAAUGCUUCAUAUGGUUGUGCCCCUUACGCGGGUCCAAGGCUGAAAGGCUUAAUCUGACAAUGGCCAGCCGUUGGUCAUUUUGCACCAGCUUGUUGACUUAUUCUUGGUGCUGCAAUUUUGGUAACUUUAAGCUUUCCAUGGUCCAGCCUCACCAGGGUCUUGUCCCAUUCCUCUUUAUUCUUAAAAAUUGUAUCCCUCCUUUUCUUGUCCACUACCUUUUAUGGGUCGUGCUCAUGGGGUGAGAAUUCUUCUUUUCUUCAGGAUGAUUAUCAGAAGUUGAGAUGUAACAUGAAGAGAUAUAGAUAUAUUUUUUUGUCUUAAAUUUGUCAUCUCAUUGCCGAAAGUUUUACCCUCAAAACGCAAGGACGGGUAUGUGAGAGUUAUUUUGUUAUAAGAUAUAUAAGCCAAUUAUUUUUUGCCA